GUUUGAAUACGUUUUUAGAAGAGUGACACAGCUGCCACCAAAAAAAACGGGGAGUAACUUCAAGAAACCUGUGGAAUAUUCCUUUAAACCCAACUCUAAAGAGAAGAUUCUUUCGAUUCCGUCAGCGCAUAUCAGGAGCAAAAAUGGCAAGAAUCUUCCACUCUGUUCUCUUUUGCUGUCUGCUGGCAACACUAGCACACUGUAUGGAACUUGACGUGAAUCCUGAGUUGAAGAAAAGACUAAGCAUAUGGCUGGAAAGUAGAAUGAUACGGGAUCUUGACAGCACCACAGCAGAGAAGACAGCAGAGACUCAGCACUUUGUUACACCAGAGGACAUCAGGGAUACCUUGCUACCACAUUCCAGUUCUGGCAGCAUCGUCCGGACAAAGAGGUCUAAAAUCUCCAACAGCCAGUCAAGAAGGCAGGGUUGCUCGCUGGGCACUUGCACAGUACAUGACUUGGCACAUCGCCUGCACGAGCUAAAUCUGAGGAUUGGGAGUGCCCCCGCCGACAAGAUCAGCCCAAAGGGAUAUGGCCGGAGGCGACGGUCCCUUCCAGAGCGCAGAUUGACACUGAGGCAGGAGAGGGGCAGGCUGAGGCCCGUGUGGAGCACAAAUGACUCACAAGUUCACAAGCUUGAGGCUCUCUUCAGACGGACAUGAGUGGGACUUUGAAGAAAAGGAGCGAGGGAGUAGCUCUGCAGAGCUAGUGUCCUCCGUUCUGAAAUUCUCAAAAUGCCUCAUACUCUUGCCAAGUAUCCUCCAGCACAUUUGCCUCGGUCAUGAGUACUGAGUCAGAGCAAACCCGGCUGAGUUUCUCCACUGGGUAAACCAUGUUGCUUGGUGAUGCAGUGCCAGCAAACCUGCAGCCGGCUAAGAGACAUGGACGUAUAGUGUGGAGCAGAGCAGGUGCUGUUACCUGCGUGGGAGAGGAGAAGCAAGACCACAAAUAUCUGGCAAAGUGAACUCAUCCUCUUAUUUUAAGAGAAACUCUCUUUUAGCCAUUUGGCACUCUCCUCAAAACCAGGACUUUGAUAAACACUACCUUGUAUGGACUUACUCCAAAGCACGUAUCAUCUGUUUUUAAGUGAUUGUCUGCACUUUUGUUUUUAUACUUCAAGAAAAAUGAAUCAUCAGGAAAAGCCUUCAUCACAAUGCCAAACCCAAAGAAAGGCUUCAGAGCUCAGCUGCUCUCAUUCUAUAUCAAGUUUUGGACACUGUAUGAGGGAAAAUUACUUAAAUUCUGUGAGAUAUGUACCAGUCCACAAUGGAUUGAAAUAUACUUGAAUGUGUCAUUUGUCUGUACAAAAACAUGUGCAAUUUAAUGUUUUUUAUUACUGGUAUUUGUAUAUAAGAAUCUUUUUAUUUAAAUAUUAUACAGAAGUUGCAUUAAAGUACUUAUUCAGAUAAAGCUAUUUUUGUACAGAAAGAAAAAAUAUGGGCAUUGUAGCUAUUUGUCAUUAUUCCUUUGGAAACUGUGGUAUUUGGAUGUAUGUUUUAUAGUUGAAAUAUUUUAUAUUUGUAGAUGUGUUUUAUUUUAUUAUUGUGAAAGGAAUAACAUUGCCAUUCAAUAAACAUUUGCAUACAAAAAAAA